AUGGCUGCUGCCAAGGUCGUCGAUAUUUCGCUCCCGGCUCUACCUGCGGGCUGGAGCGCUGAGAAGGACUACAAGGUGCUUUCUGCGCUGUCCAGUGCUACCCAACGCAACGUCGAGCCAGUCGGUCCGCACUUUUUGGCCCAUGCCAGACGGAAACGUCAUGGCCGUACUUUCUCCGAAGAUGAGCGCAUUCAAGCCCAGAAGAAUGUCAAGAAGGUCGACGACGACGAGGAUGACGAGAUUUCCGAGCCCGAGGAUCCGAUGAUGUUGCAACGCGAUGCUAAGGACUGGAAGAGCCAAGACCACUACGCUGUCCUCGGUCUCAGCAAGUACCGCUACAGAGCCACACCCGAGCAAAUCAAGCGUGCCCACCGCAAGAAGGUCCUGCGCCAUCACCCCGACAAGAAGGCCGCAGCAGGCCAGACCGACGAAAACGACAGCUUCUUCAAGUGUAUCCAAAAGGCCACAGAGGUGCUCCUCGACCCGACCAAGCGUCGCCAAUUCGACUCCGUCGACGAAGAGGCGGAUGUCGAGCCCCCAACCAAAAAGCAGGUCGAAAAGGGCAAUUUCUUCAAACUAUGGAACCCGGUGUUCAAGUCCGAGGCUCGCUUUUCCAAUAAGCAUCCUGUGCCUAUGAUUGGUAACGAGGAUAGCACUGAAGAGCAUGUCGAGGAGUUUUAUAACUUCUGGUACAAUUUCGACAGCUGGCGGACAUUCGAAUACAAGGACGAGGAUGUUCCCGACGACAACGAGAACCGUGACCAGAAACGCCACGUUGAGCGUAAAAACGCCAAUGCGCGCCGUAAGCUGAAGACGGAGGAUACGGCUCGUCUGCGGAAGCUUGUCGAUGAUGCGCUUGCUGGGGACGCGCGUAUCAAGAAGUUCCGUCAGGCAAAGCGUGCUGGAAAGGACAAGAAGCGGCUUGAGAAGGAGGCCGAGGCGAAGCGGCUUGCGGAGGAGAAGGAGAAGGCCAAGCAGGAGGAGGAGCGCAAAAAGAAGGAAGCCGAAGAGACAGCCAAGGCCGAGCGCGAGCAGAACAAAAAGAGCAAGGAAGCCGCCAAGAACGCAGCCAAGAAGAACAAGCGUGUUCUCAAAGGCAGUGUCAAGGACGUCAACUACUUUGCUGAGGGCGGCGAUGCCUCGGCGGCCCAGGUCGACGCUGUUCUUAAUGAUGUCGAGGUUAUCAUGGGCAAGAUCAACCCCGAGGAGCUUGCUGCUCUGGCUGCCAAGCUGAGCAAGGCUGGGACCGAUGGAGGCGCCGUCAAGGGUGUUUAUACUGAGGAGGCCAAGCGGUUGGUUGGAGAGGGCAAGUUGAAGGAGACCGAAAUCAAGUUUUUCGUUUAG